UACCAGGGACAGGAUAGGAGACACUGCGGGGGGAAUCUUGGGGACAGCCGGAUACUGGGGACAGCAGGAGGAUAGUGGGGAUAGGAUACCAGGAACAGUGGGGAGGGAGAUACUGGCGGGUCAGUGGGAGGAUAUCGAGGACAGUGGGCGGUUACUGGGGACAGCGAAGGGAUACCAGGCGGGGGGUUACCAGGGAUACUGGGGACAAGACACCUAGGAUCCCAGUGUAGGGUACACUGGGGUAGAGCACAGAGGUAUUGAAGAUCUCAGUGAGGGGAGUAUACCAAGGGACUUGGGGCAGAAGGCUCCGAGUAACUGGGGCUCUGGGGUGUCAGAGGACUGGGGAACAUGCCCCUGCACUUUAAGGGUUUAAGCGAAUACAAACGAAAUUUCAAAUGGAACAACUCCCAGAGAUCACAUUCUUGCAGUCCCCUCACUAAACAAAAAGUAUCUUGGGCAGGUAUGCCCUCAGAGCAGCUGGGGAAUACAAGGGAGCCAAAUUUUAUCUCAAAGAAACGUGUACCAUACUACAGUCCUCAAGCUUCACAAUCUUUUCAGUGGGACUGGAACAAUGAUUCCAACAGCGGAUCCCAUGAACCAGAACCCAAAAUAUCUGAACUAAUGAAACCACAGCCUUGUGUUUCAAAUGAAAGAGUGACUGAGAAGGCUCAAGGUAACCAGGAAGAAUCUGAAACUCCCAAUGCUCCUCGAAAGCCUAGAGUUGCGAGUUCGUGGUCUGCAGACUGCCAUUUGCACUCAGCAUUAGAACCAUCACUGAUCAAAGACAGGCAGUCGACUACAGUUGCUCAGAAAGGAAAAGAAGACAUGUCUUCUGGAAAACUGAGUGGAGAUAAGGCAGUUAAUAAUGCUAUUAGCUAUGCAUUUAAGGAAACAGCACCAUUGAAGAGUGUACCACAGAAGAGUUUAAAAAAGAGCUCUGAGUACCAGAGACAAUUUGCUUGGAAAAAUCGGAUGGAUAAUUCUCCAUUACUGACAGCAGAGCAGAUUUUUCACUCCAGAAAUAAGCAUGUGCGUCCAUUUAAAUUCAGUAAGAUGCUCAAUGAAACUGAGUAUUCAAGUCAGUUUAAAGGUAUGCAGCCACCUAAAGGAUUGCGCUUCCGUAAAGACUUUGAAGGAAAAGAAGCUUUAGCAUUUCACCAAGAAAAUGUUUCUCCAGUAAAGUCAACAGAAUCAGCCUUAAAAGACCAGGGGCAGGAGACUAAGGAACAACAUCCUCAAGAUAAACGGCUUCCAAAGCAACAGAAACCCGUUUGCUCACGCAAAGGUCUUAGGAAGAUUACGUCUGAAUACAAGACUAAGUUUAGGCCUCCUUGUCAAUAUGACUACAGUAGAGGAGCAUACCGAUCUGAAGGGGGUACUGAAAAUAACCUAAGUUCUUAUUGGUAUGCUGAGGUAAAAGAACUUAGAGAAAAAGCAGAAGCAUAUAAAAGGAGAGCACUGGGCACUCACUUCUCCAGAGAUCAUCUCACCCAAAUUUUGUCAGAACAAAAUAGGUUAUGGGAGAUAUCCAGCACAUCUGAUACUGAAGAAACAGUCAGUGAUAAUAUUGAAGCUCUGGACCUUGCAAGAGCAACAAAAAUACCAAAUAUUUCCAGCACAACAAAACAAGAACUGCAGUCUGGUUCUGUGGCACAAAUGUCACCACAGAAGGCCACAGCAAAAUACAAUGGCACAGGGGACAACGACAUGUUGGAUGUUCCUACCCUUCCAGUCAGCAGGAAAUUGGCGUGGAAUGAUGAGGAACAGAAGCCAUUUGUACCAGAACUACUAGAAGGCAACCAAAGCCAAAAUGAUGAAACUGAGAAGGAAGUUGAGAGAAAUGCGGAAGUAAAAACAGUUGUUGAAAGUGGUCCUACCCCUGUAAAUACACAGGAUGUGAUGACAGUAAAUUCAGAGUCAAAUGAACAUUCCGAGCUUGAAUCUGAUACAGGUGGGCGAGUACCGACGCCAAAACUCAAGUCAACUAGUGGAACUUGGAGAACACAUCAUGAUCUGACCACGCCAGCUGUUGGUGGUGCUGUCUUAGUUUCUCCUUGUAAAGCCAGAUCGCCACCAUCCCAUUGUAAAAGGACUCGGCCUCCAUUGGGAAAAUCAUAUUCACGCUAUAAAUGCGUAUCAAAAUCACCAAGCAAAAUACUAGAAAAGACUGAAUCACUCCAGCAGUCCCCUACAGCAGGUAUUAAGACUUCAGAUCCUAUUCCUUUGAGGGAAGAAUACAGAUCUGCAAAUCUCAAUAGCCCAUCUCAUGCAAAGUCUGAACCUUCCAUUUUAACAUCAUCGAAAUGUCAUCCUGCUGUUAAUGCAAAAUCUGCUUCAGUUACUCUUUUACCAUCUCCGAGCUGCCCUCAUCGGAUACAAGGAACUCUUAGACAUCCGGAGUUCCAACAUAAUGAGAAUACCGGAGUACUAAGGACAAGUCUGCUGAGGAAACCGCCAACAGACUCCGUUGCAGCUGAAAAUGAAGACGAUCGAAUGUCACAGAUAUCUGCACGAUCAGCAGCAUCCAGCUCACUUGCCUCUCAAGUCCUUGAGCGUGCUCAGAAAAGAAGAGAUAAUUUCUGGGGUGUAAACCCAUGAACUAAACUGUUAAGUUUUUUUUUCGUAGAAGGACCUGUUAGGUUUUGUUAAGGAUUUGAUAUCUUUUUUUAAAAAAAAUCCAGAGCAAUCAAUCCACUUCAACUUUGAAAAUGAAUGUCUCUUUUAUAUAAAAUGAAUGUGUACUUUUCCUAUUUGUGGUUAUUUAAAAUGUAUUAGCUUUUAUAUUGGCCCAUACUUUUGUGCUGUGCUCUAAGAUUCAAGUUG